UAUUCCAUUUGUCAGAGAAGAAUUAAUUUUGACUCUUAAGCCUUUCGUUUUCGUUUUCCCCAAAAUUGAAUCCGCCAUUUUUGGAGAGAUGGUGAGAUGAAAGGUCAAAUGGCGUCCAAUGGAGGAAAUCUCAGAGCCGAAGAAUUCUUUGUGUGCCACACAAACACAAAUCCAAGAAAUUUUCGCUUAACAGAGCCACAGAUUAGAGAGAGGAAAACAAGAACAACAGAAAUUGAGCGUUUGUUGUUCUUUCUCUACGAAUUCUUGCCAUUAAACUUCUAUUUUGCCGUUGGAAUCGCGGAUCUCUCUCUCUCUCUUUCUCUUUCUUUUGGUUUUGUAUUUAUUUAUUGUUGCCGUUUGAUUAAUCGCUGUGAAUACCUUUCCCUUUUUUUUCAUCUGCCGAACUUUAUAGGGGAAAGGUAGUGCGAUUUCCGCAGGAGAUUCGGAUGGAAUUUGAAUCUUGUUCGAAUUUGGGGGACUACCUAGGUUUCGCUCGAAAUCAUCGGCCGUAAUCAUGGAUCUCGGGCGAGAAUUUUUAGUGGCUCUGUUGUUAUUGUCGUUCUGUUUUCCUGGCUCCUGCAAUUUGGUGUUCGAAGUGCAGCACAAGUUCAAGGGUCGAGAGAGGUCUCUGAGUGCAUUGAAGGCUCAUGAUGUUCGUCGCCAUGGUAGUAGGCUUCUCUCCGUCAUUGAUCUCCAACUCGGUGGCAACGGACACCCUGCUGAAACAGGGUUAUACUUCGCCAGAAUUGGCCUUGGAACUCCUCCAAAAGAUUAUCACGUGCAAGUGGAUACAGGGAGUGACAUUUUAUGGGUGAACUGCGAGGGUUGCAGCAAUUGUCCGAAGAAAAGUGAUAUUGGUGUAGACUUGACACCGUUUGAUCCAAAGGCCUCCAGCACUUCUUCCUUGGUUACUUGUGAUCACCCAUUUUGCUCUGCCACUUACGACGGUCCAAUCCCAGGUUGCAAGCCAGAUCUACUCUGCCAAUAUAAAGUUAUCUAUGGGGAUGGAAGCGCGACGUCUGGAUUUUUUGUGAAGGAUAAUAUUCAUCUCGAACAAGCGGUUGGGAACGAUAAAACUGCUGUCACUAAUGGCAGUGUGAUAUUUGGGUGUGGAGCUAAACAAUCUGGGGAGCUCGGUACGUCGUCUGAAGCACUCGAUGGGAUAAUUGGUUUCGGACAGGCAAAUUCAUCUAUGAUUUCUCAGCUGGCUGCAGCUGGGAAGGUGAAAAAGAUCUUUGCACACUGCUUGGAUAGUAUAAAAGGGGGUGGGAUUUUUGCCAUUGGAGAAGUGGUGGAACCAAAAGUGCAUACCACACCGGUGGUACCGCAUCAGGCUCACUACAAUGUUAUGUUGAGGGGAGUUGAAGUAGGAGGCACUGCUCUUGAUAUUUCUGUUGGACUAUUUAGUGAUUUUAGAAGAGGAACAAUCAUUGACAGUGGCACAACACUAGCUUAUCUUCCUGAGGCCGUUUACCUGCGAUUAAUGAAGAAGAUCCUGGCCGCUCAACCGAAUCUCGAACUACGUACAGUUGAUGACCAGUUUACUUGUUUUCAGUAUUCUUCAAAUGUGGACGAUGGAUUUCCAACGGUGUCAUUCGAAUUUGUGGACUCCCUAAAUUUGACUGUUUACCCUCAUGAGUAUCUCUUUCAGAUUCGGGAGGAUAUGUGGUGUGUUGGGUGGCAAAACAGUGGGGCUCAAUCCAAAGAUGGAAAGCAAGUCUUUCUCUUGGGAGACAUGGUUCUUCAAAACAAGUUGGUUUACUAUAAUCUUGAAAAUCAGACCAUUGGGUGGACUGAGUACAACUGCACUUCAGGAAUUAAAUUGAAAGAUGCAAAGUCACAAGAAGUUUACACAGUCGGGUACCACAAACUGUCUUCAGCAUCCAAUAUAGUGAUUGCCAGAAUACUCCCAUUGUUGAUAGCUUUCACCUACUUUUUUAUCCAAUAGAUUCUUUCCAACUCCCACCCACAUUCUUUUACUUUUGUAGUACCAUAAUCUAAUUUUUUUCCCCCAUGAAAAUAACUAAUUUCUUGAGAACAAAACAAAAAAAAAAAAAAAAAAAAGAGAACUCAGAGCUCCUUUGUUGUUUCCUUGAAUAUAUAUUGGAAGAGCAAAGUCCGUGUGGGUAUAGUAUAUAUGUAUAUUUGUAAAUGCCAACAAUGGGAUGAUUGUAAUUUGCUAUAAUGGUAAUAUUUGACCCUUUAUCUCGAGUGUA